CGCGUGCGACGUAACCUAUGAGUUUUUCAUGAAUGAUUGACUAGUGCUGAAUGUUUAAUAUACCAUAUAAAUCUUAAAGUGAAUCUUUUAACACCUAUUUUCUGUAUAUUACUAAACACUAUCGAUAUAUCUUUCAAGUAUAUAACGUACGUGCUAUGUACAUCUGUGAUUGAUAUUCACUGACAGCUAUUUAAAUUUAUCUAAUCGUAGGGUUUGUCAAUAUACCCUGUUGAUCGCUGUAACUAAGCUGCUGUUAUCCGAGACAUGGCCACAAGUUCAAUCAAGUAUGCGCAUGUUGCUAUCGUUUUGUGAUCGGUGCACAUGAAGCAAGCAGUGUUUAAAUACCAAAGCUCUUAUUAACGGAGUUAAUGAGAGAAUCAGCAUGUAUUUACUCAGCCAAGAUUGUUCCCUGACACAUGGAUAACAUGGAGGGAGUAUGUGUCCCAUAAUGUGCAAGUGGCAGGUGUCUCUUCUCAAGGACAUACUUCAUGAAUACUUGACUGUCAAUGAGAACCAAAUGUAUCAACCGUAUUUAUGGGCAUUACCUCCUAUACUGAAGUGAACUACUUUAAAAAUAUUUUUGAAAAUGACAAAUUAAAAAUUGUCAUGUGGAAAAUUUGGAAGUAAAAUAUUUCCAUAUGCUUCGUUUCUAGUAAGUUUCGCAAACAAGGAAAAUUCCUAUAAAGAAGACAAGGUGAACGUAAUAACCGUUACAAUAAGAGAAACAUAAGAUUCCACAAAGAAUAACCCAUGAAAAAUUUGCUAUCGAAACAAUGGCUGCUUUAAUUCAAAAUUGUUGGCCAUUAAGAAGCGGUAAUCGCCAAUAAUCAAAUGAAAAAAGAACCGUGCCACGUGAUGAGGUACAAAGGUUUGAAUUCCAUAGGAGCAUCGUAAUCUUAAAGAAAGAACAUUCGUCGAUAAAAUAGAAGUUUAAAAAUGGAUACCACAAUGCGCUCUAAGGUUCUGAAAUUCGCCGAUGUGAUAAUGAGGGUGCCAGCUUUAUUUAUCAUCGAUGAAUUGCUAAGAAUAGGAUUGGGCUUUCCUGGAGAAGGUGUUUCGGAUACAUUCGUCGGUUCCUUCGUGGCAACACCAGAACCGUUUACAGUGCAAGCAGUCAACUCAACACACUAUACUUAUCAAGCAAUUCUUCUAUCUGCUCUGAAAGUUAAUGCCUGCAUUUUGGGUCUUGUGGCGGCAUUAUGCAUAUUUAUGCUGUGGACGAAACAUCUAGUUAUUGUUUACUUGUACCUGACUUCAGUCGGUAUAAUAUUUAUAUCGUAUUGGUCAAACGUUAGUACGAUGAAGGCGAUCGUCACCUACAUGAGUUCACACGAGACAUCGAACAGUAUAUUGGAUGAUAUAUUGUGUCUAAAUUUAUCGGAAAUUAUGAACAAUGGUCCAGGCUUCCUGAUAAUUCAGAAUUACAUACUGCAAUGUAUGUUAGCCAGUGUGUUUUGCUACAUACAUCUUGCUCCGAAGUAUUCAAUCAUUCAGAAGCUACUAGUUCUUAGUUUUAUGGCGCCUUCUAUCGUAGGAGUUCACCCAUUGCCGGUAAGAAUUUUAAUUUCUUAGAAUUAGUCAAACGUAUAGAACGAAAUUCAAAUUAUCAGUACAUGAUUAAACGAACUUAUCUGCAAAUGAAGUUCUGCCAUGAUUAUAUGAAGCGCUUGUCCCGAAUACAUCAACGUGUCGUACCUCCGUUUCCAUGUCAAUGUCACCACUGAUUUAAGGUGAAAUGAAACCCCCCUUAAAUCGGUCGAUUCGAAUGAGACACUUU